UACACAGUACACAACAGAUAUAAAUUUUUAUGAUAUCAGAAUUAUUUAAAUAGAUUAUAAAUAUUACAUGCCACAACAAUGUUUUAAUUAGAUAUCUCAUGUGAGGAAUGAUGUUUUGCAAGAUUUUAUCUCCUUUGAUAAUAUUAGGUCUUGUGGUUAUAGAAGUUCGUUCCAGACACAGAAUAGUAGGUGGAGUGGACGCUGACAUUAAUGAUUACCCUUACCAAAUAGGUCUACUACAUAGAAAGAGCCAGAUUUGUGGAGGUGCAAUACUUACUAAUAGAUAUGUUGUAACUGCUGGCCAUUGUACUUAUGGCAAAAGUACAUCACUACUAUCAGUUCGUGUUGGAUCCUCAUUUAGAUCUUUUCAAGGUCAAAUUCACUAUAUAACGAAAGUGCAUCGUCACCACAAUUAUAACCCAGAAAAUUAUGACUAUGAUAUCAGCAUACUGGAACUGAAGACUCCAUUGAAUUUUACCAAUAGCAUUAGUGCUGUAUCUUUGGCAUCAUCAGGUACUAUUAUUAGUGACGGGUUAGUAGGAACAGCUACUGGAUAUGGAAGAUUAUCUCAAGAUGGUAAGGCUUCUGAAAAGCUAAAAGCGGUGCAGUUGCCUAUUAUAUCUACCAAUAGUUGCAAAAAAUAUUAUGAUGUUACAGAAAGAAUGUUUUGUGCUGGUUACGAUGAAGGAGGAAAAGACACAUGUGAGGGAGAUUCAGGUGGACCUUUAGUAGUAUCUGGAAUUCUGAUUGGCAUAACCUCUUGGGGAUACGAUUGUGCUGAAGCAAAAAACCCUGGAGUAUAUUCUAGUAUUCCUGUAUUAAGAGAAUUUAUAAAUUCUAUACUAAACUAUACAACAUUUCAUCUAAUCAUGAGAAUCUUAUCAGCUUUAUGUUUUGUAUUUGCACUGUUUAUUGUUGAAGGAUAUUCAGCAGCUUUGAACAGAACAAAGAGUGCUCUUAGAAUAGUUGGAGGACAAGAUGCUCUAAUUCAGGAUUAUCCGUACCAAGUUUCAAUUCUCUUUUACGGAAAACAUGGAUGCGGUGGUUCAAUAAUCAAUCGAUACUAUAUUUUGACAGCAGCACAUUGUACUUAUGAUGUCACGAAAUCAGUGCUGACCGUACGUGUAAACUCUUCCUUCAGAGACGAGCAAGGCACAGUCUACGAGGUAGAUCAAAUCUUUGUACAUGAUGGUUUUGACGACAGCACAUACGACAACGAUAUAAGCAUCCUUCGUCUUGCAACACCUUUAACCUUUGGAAACGGAGUCAGUCCAAUCGCACUAGCAACUGCUGGAACGCAAAUAAAAGACGGUUUAGAAGCAUAUGCCACCGGAUGGGGUCGUUUGGGAGAGCAUAUGCCAGCUUCUCAUCAGCUACAAGUCGUUAUGUUACCUGUAAUUUCUACCGAGACAUGUGCUGAAUAUUAUCCCCCUGGAUGGGUUACCAGGAGGAUGUUCUGUGCUGGUUAUUACGAGCAAGGAGGAAAAGAUACUUGUGAGGGUGAUUCUGGAGGACCACUUGUAGUAUCUGGAAUUCAAAUUGGACUAGUAUCAUGGGGAACAAUAUGUGCAGCACCUAAGAGACCUGGAGCGUUUACAAAAAUACCUGAAUUCGUCGAUUAUAUUAAUUCUAUAAUAUACAACUAAAAUGUUUUGCGUUUGUUUAUGAACUAAAAUGAAUAAAAGAAUAUUAAUCAUAGAGAAGUAAAAA